AUGGUCCUAGUCAGGCGAGAUAGGGACCUGAAAGAAGGAGGUGGAGUCGCCAUAUACGUCGACAAACAGCUCAGAUGUGUUCACGCGACGGACCCUCCCCUCACAGAGCUCCCUGACUCCAUAUGGUGCCACUUCACCGUUGGGUACUGCAAAUAUCUAGUGGGCAGCAUUUAUCGAUCACCUUCAUGUGGAGCAGACCAUAACCAGGUACU